AUGACAGAAGAAGUCGACGCCGCGGACAACGUUAGGCAUGAGGGUGAUAUCGUGCUAGCAACCUGCGUCAACGAUGGUGUCGAGCUGGCGUGGGUGCGGGACUGCGCCUCUUACAAGAAGGAGAUUGUGCAGGUGGAUAGCAAGGUGGCCGGGAAAAGACCGGCUUCUGCUCGUUCACCUCCACCUCGUUCUGCAACCCUCGGUGUAUCCAGAGAGAUGUCAACCGCCAUGGAGCUAGCCCCGACCCCAGUGGAAUCCAGUGACGAAGAGGGCCCCGCAUCCCCACCAGCGAAACGUUCUCGACUAAACCCAACUCCGUCAGCAGCAUUGGACGACGUCGGCGAUGAGCGAGUCAGUCUUGCGACGGAAACACGCGCACGAAUCAACGCAGAGAAGUUGCGGGCGCAGCUGGACCGCCAGCCCAGACCCGGAGAACACAUCCUGCGCUACCAUUUUGGAGACACCAAAUCUUCAGUCUUUGUGGCUUCUGGGUAUCGUCCCCGAGACCUCAAUGAUGAACCUGAGGAGAAUGACUACAUCAGCACCGGUGUGGAGUACCAAAGGGAGGGAAGGUGGCACUCUCUGUCUCCUUCACACAUCCCUGUCAUUGCUGACCGUCAUUGCAUACACCAUGCCAACAUCUAUGAGCACCUGAUUGAGACACUCUGUUAUGGGACAGCUGAAGUCAGCGACACCGAGAUGAAGCGGUCCGAGUCCGUGGGGAUCCUCCUGCAUACUGGAGAGAAGGCUUGGGGUUUGCCAAAGAUCGCUGGGAACGAUGAGUAUGGUCUGCCCGUUCCAUCAGAGGACAUUGGCUAUUUUGACCGCUCAUUCGAUGACGCUGUUCUGGAAGAAAGGGCCGACCCAGAGCAAUUGGCUGUGUUCCACUUGCAAGGCAUUGGCCCCGAAGGUGUCAGUGCGGCGGUCAAGGCAUUGGGUGGGGACGACGUGGGCUUGUCCCUGAUGCUUUCUCCACAUGGCAACAUGGGGACUGCGCAGAGGUACCGUACUUGUGAAGAGAUGUAUCUGACCGACGCUCGACCGCCUGCAUUCGCAAAUCCACCUGCAGAUCUGCAGUGCUCAGUCUGCUAUGGCAUACUGUCUCAUCCAGUGAAGGUCACUUGUGGGCACGAAUUCUGUUACGGAUGCAUACGUAUGUGGAUCCAAGAGGCCGACGUGUUCUCUUGUCCGAUGUGUCGCGCGUUAAUCAAGUCCGCCCCGUGGCAAUGCCAUCCACAGCGGCACUGGUGUCGUUGGUACGCGGAGCAGAGCAGGACAUGUCUGUGA